CCGCUUCUCUCCGAUCAAAUACUCGUGUAAAGCACUUGUCUAGACUUGUCUUUUUCCAUUUAACGAAUACUCGCGUUACAAUAUUGUCUCUGUUUCACAAUGAUAAUUUGAUAUCUUCUCAAGACUGUCGUUACCAUGUCAGAUUCAGAUCCUCCUGCGCAGCCAAGUCUGCCAUGGCGCAUUGCCUCGGCGACUGUCAUGGGCUCAGUUGGCGCAUUCUCAAGAGUAUUCAUGAACGGCUUCAAUACUCUCGAGGUUACAGGCCUAGAAGGGCUUCUGGGGGUUCUUGAUCGUAGGAAAAGAGAAGGGCGUGAGCGCGGGCUGCUCACUGUAUGUAAUCAUGUAGCAGUACUUGAUGAUCCUCUUAUUUGGGGCAUGCUACCAAUGCGGUACUUCUUUGACGCAGUCAACAUGAGAUGGGGUCUUGGGGCGCAUGAUAUAUGUUUCAAGAAUAAAGCCACAUCGACAUUCUUCAGUCUUGGUCAGGUUCUGCCCACUCACAGAUUAUGGUACUCUCCUUAUGGUGGUCUAUACCAGCCAACCAUGGCACAGGCUAUCAAGCUACUAUCCGGCUCAUCACCAGCUUCAUGGUCUACAGCCUCCGACUCUCCUCUCUCUGCAACUCCUGCUUCAACAAGACCUCCUGCAGUUCCUCAACCGCUCUUCUUCUCUACCAACGGCGUUGAUCAAUUUCCAGCGCCAUCUGCCUACCCAGCCUAUCGAAAUGCCUGGGUCCACGUGUUUCCAGAGGCUUGUUGUCACCAAAGUCCGGAUAGCGGAUUGCGCUACUUCAAAUGGGGUGUAUCUCGACUUAUUCUCGAAUCUGAUCCGGCUCCAGAGUUCAUCCCCAUGUUCGUUCAUGGUACCCAGCACAUUAUGGCCGAGGAUAGAGGAUGGCCCAGAUGGGCGCCUCGUAUUGGAAAGACCGUGAAGAUAGUGAUAGGUGAGCCGACAGAUGUCGACCAGCUCUUUGGUCACCAGCGGGCAGCAUGGCGCAAACUUGUUGCGAAAGGUGACCCAGAACUUCUCCGAAAUGGCCCAGAGGCUACUGAGUUAAGAAUAUCGGUGGCCAGGAGAGUAAGAGACGAGGUCGAGAAAUUACGAGAAAGCGCAGGGUUCCCUGCAGAAAAGGACGAAGCACCGGCUCUCGCAGAAACAUGGGCCAAAGAUCCUCUCCGCACAAAAUUCAAGAGCCCAGUCGAUGGCAGUCUUGUUAACAGACAUGGGCCAAGAGAACGCCCAUGAGUAUAAAUGUCAUACAUUUCGCUCGUAGAAUUAUAGACUAAAACAAGGAGGGUCAAACCACCCAAGACUAAGGUAUUCAUACUCAACAUUAGUUGUUGACAGGAAUAAAACAAUAAAUGACGAAUCAAGACACCGACACACGCUGCUGUCCCAAGAUCCAAUAUCUCUCCUGUCCUGUCUAAUUCAUGCUGACCCUUAACUCCAUCGUGCUGAGAAAUAGUCGUCACGUAAUAUUCCGGUAUUUUCUUCUUUUGGUUUGCAGUGAGACGCUGUUACUGAAACAGCUCGAUUCAAAAACGCUGUGAUCAUGACGCAGGCAAAACUAGAAAUCUUGGUCUCCCGCCACUGGGGGUUGGGGCAAGUUCUAAUACGCCUCGAAACCUUGAGUGGGAACAGCCUGGGGGUAUCCGCGAGCCUGCGCUUGGAGAGCCUGCUGCUGAGGGUGCAUCAUAAGGUCGUUAAACCAAACGUGCUGAAGGGCAUCAUGGGCACUGAUCCUCAGUUCCGGACGAAGCUGUAGCAUUCGCUGCAGCAGAUCGAUACCGUUGGGGUCAAUCGCCGGGAGGAUGUUUCGAAGAUCUUGAGUGGCGUACAUAUGGAAUGUAGGCUUGUACUCGGGGAACUGUGUGAUACCGGGCCAGGUACGCUCUGUUGGUGUUCCCAUGAUGCGGAAAAUGCGGAUGAUCUGGUCUUCGUUUGUGGUUCCGGGGAACAGAGGUCGACCGGUAAACAUCUCGGCCAUGAUGCAGCCCGCGGACCAGAUAUCGAUACUGGUGUUGUAUGUUCGGCUGCCGAGGAGAACAUCGGGGGCGCGGUACCAUAGGGUGACGACCUCGUUGGAGAAGGUGUUGACGGGGAUACCAAAGGCGCGGGCAAGGCCGAAAUCGCCGAGCUUCAAAACGCCCUUGCUAUUGAUGAGCAAGUUCUGGGGCUUGAGAUCGCGGUGAAGAACACGAUUUUGGUGACAGAAGUCGAUGCCCUUGAGGAGCUGGUACAUGAAGGACUUGAUGGUGGUAGGCUUGAGGGCACCGCGAUCGCCAUGAGUGUCCAUGUACCUCUUAAGAUCGCCGUCCAUGUACUCGAAGACGAGCAUGAGUUUGUUCUCGGUGUGAAUAACAUCGUGCAGGCCUACAAUAUUCUCGUGCUUGAGCUCCUUCAUCAACGAAAUCUCUCGGAUGGCGGUCGACGGUGUUCCCUCUUCGGAGUCGAGGUGGAUUUCCUUGAGCGCUACAAGCUCUCCAGUCUGUCUGUUGCGGCCCUUGAAGACGGUGGCGUAGGUACCUUCACCGAGCUUCUCGAGCUGCUGGAACGAGCUGGGGUGUCGCUUUCCGUCCAUGUUGAGGGUACGAUAUGAUAUCAGUUGGGGGAUCUGAUGCGGGUAGGGUUUGAAAAGCGAACGAGGAUGGGUGGGUAUUGGCUGAUAAUGGCGUGUCACCAAUUUCGACUGAGGGACCUGGGACUGCGACUUGGAGAGGAUUGUCGAUAAUCUGCAGGUGAGAAAGAUUAUGCGAGGUGAAGGAUUUUGGGCAGUGGCUAUUGUUUGCUGCUAUUUCUUGAUAUUUUGGGUUUGUUGAUGACUCACAAACACUGCCCUUGACGAUAGAGUAUGUAUUUGGGGGUUCCGCCCUUCAGGUUGGCCUCACUUUUUUUUUUUGGAGUCGCACCCUUUGCUUGCGGCGACUUUUGUGAUGGAUGGAGGGGGGAAAGAAAGGGAAUGUCUGUAGGUACCCAAACAGUGGAGGCUGCUGGAAGGGUCUCCUUGUGAGGGAGGGGUUGGAGGGAUCGACGGAAGGGGAAGAGAGUCUGGAAUUAGUACUUAUUGAAUCCGAUACCUAGUAGGCCAUUGAAAUACUGAAAACGAAGGUGUUAGUCAGGAGCAGAAUAGUUGGUGAUAUAUACUGUAUAGUAAUAUUCUUCACCAUUUUUGUUAAAUAUCUAAAGUAUUGAUGUUACGAGACUGAUCUCAGCCUACACCUGCC